UUUGGAGGGAGCUUAACCGUCCUUCAUCAGUAAAAUGGAAGGAUGCUGGAAUGAUCUGAGUGAAGAGAAAGUGAGAGAGGUCUUUUCAUAAGCCCAAGAGUGGGAGAAGAGGAGGAGGAGGUCUUUACCACAGCUUACUUUAUUGGUCCACUGUAAACCUCAGGCAGAAACGUUCACCCUCUCAAGGUGGCACGCUUCAACUGUUUCACACACAGAUCCGUUUUAAGACAACCAUCAAUAUCUGGACGCUUGAAGCCCUCAGAGAUCUUUGGAGGGGCAGACGCUAUCUUCAUUAGGACCAAACGCAAAACAGAAAGACUAAUCCAAUGAAUCUACGUGUGGACUUCAUUGCUUUCUAUUUGCUCAGGUCAGCCAGAUGAACACACACAUAACAGCCCACAAAGCCAAGGUAAGGCAUCUGUGCUUCUUCCUUAUCCUGUGCUUUCAUUUGGUGUAUGCUGGUGUGCCAGGUCCAUGUAAGCACUCUGUCACCCAGGACCAUCUCUUGAAUUUAAGACGUCUGAUUAAGAACCAGCUGCAAAAUGGUUGUUCAAUAACCUACACCUUCACUGAGCGCCAGAACCUGAGUGCUGUGUGUUAUGUUAAAGCAGCAUUCCCUCACAUACUGGAGCUACUCAACACUCAAUUCAGAUAUGCUAAAGACUCGGACAAUUACCGUUACACUAAUUCACUGAAGAACUUGAUCUACAACAUUUAUUCCCAGAGAUGCAUCCCUCCAAUCAAUGACGAGAUUGAGGAUAGCCCAGUGAAGUUCGUAAGAACCCACGUGACUUUGCCCAGGGCAGCUUUGGAGAAAGCCGGGGAAGUGAUUCGCAUGUAUAUGGGUCUGAUGACUCAGAGCAACAAGCCUGUGGACUGGAACUGUGAGGAGGAGUACACAGAAGAUUACCCAGAAUCCACCACUGAACCUCUCAGCCAAACUGCAGGUGCCUCCGAAUGCCCCUGCAUUUGUCCAACCAUGAGCAUUGGAUCAUCUAAGACCUCUGCAUCCACAAGCCAUUGGAAUAUUUACCUGAAAUCUACUCCAUCCCCAAAAAGAUCUUCCUUUUCACCUGUGGUAACCUUACAGGGUGGUAAUGAGAGAACUAAACAAAUCAAAUCCGCUGUCCCAUUAACCAAAAACCAAGCACUAGCUCUAGGGUCGCCUGCCACAUGGAGGUCAACGCAAGGAGAUUUAUCCAACUUCCUCUUUGGUAGCACUCCAGCUGUUGAUGAGGAAACUUCAAAUUCAGAGAUGGACCAUAUGCUAUCACUGGAUCAUUUCCCUUCAUUUACAAAUCUUCAGGAUGUAUUUCCAAGCAGAACUGGCUUUGGCCCCUAUCAGAAAGGCACAAGCGAAAGCACACAGGGCGGUGUGGAGAAGAGCACGCCGCUUUUACUUGCCAAGAGGUCUUUAGAUUCCAAAAGCCAAGAAGCACCAUCCAGUUCCGACGUGAAAUUACCACAGAACUGGGUUACCUCAACGUCUGAGCCAACUAAUAAAGAUAUAAAGAGCUCAGAGAUAAAAGACAAGCCUUUCCAAAAACUUCAACUGAGUAAACACUUUGUACCAGUCACAACUGCAGUUCUGCCUUCUUUGAAAGCAGCUGCUCAUUUGUCAGAAGGUCUGAAUGCCCUUGUUGAACUGCCAGGUCAUUUAAACAGCCCUCCUGAAAAUUUGCAAACACACACCCAAAAUCCGACAAGGGUGCCAAGGAAUUUCAUGAGAACCAUCCAUGAGGCGAAGCUCAGCAAAGACAGCAGAUACCAGGAGGACAGGCAGGAGACAAAGGGCCAGACACAUCAAUACAAAGAAACAGAGAUGAACUCUUCCACAGAACAAUCCAGCAGUACAAUCAUCACUUUUGGUACCGUGCUCUUAAUUACAUUAGGGUGUGGUGGACUUCUGCUCGUAACUGUCCUGUUUUACAGACAGCAAAGAGUAAGUGACUCACAAUUCAUUCUUGCUCUACUGAAAAGACCCACUUAGAAUGACAUGACUUGGUCACAGUGCUGGUUUGGAGUUGCUCUAGCCUAGGAAACAUACUGAGACCAGUAGUCAAAACAUAUGCUGGUGACUAGCUCUGGUGAUCUUUUCAACAGGGUGUCCCAAGUGAUCUCGUUCAAACAGAAAACAGACGUUCUUUGAAGUUCCAAUAUGAAAGAAAGACGCAUCAUGAAGAACAGAAACCCAGUUGAUGGAGUCAUUAUUUAUUCAAAACAAACCAUAAAUUGGGAGACAAAAUAUCAGCAGGUUGCUUUUUCUUAUUCUGUACAUACAUUUUAAAAAAGACAUCUUUUAUUGCUCAAAGGGCGUCUACAACUAGAAUAUAGUACUAGAACAGUAAAUUACUGAUCUGGCAGAUGGUCCAUUGGAAUGAAAUAUGAAAAUAGUUUAAGCAUUCUUGCACCAGCUAAACUUGACAUGUUCAUCUUCGCUUUGCACAUUUUGACUUGGCAAACUGACCAUGAAAUGUUGAAUGAAAAAUAUCAAUAAUUCUUAGAAAGUUAGUUUUUCAUUCAUGUCAGUUUUCAUGUCAGAUUGUAUAACGUCUGGAUAUUCAAACACACAAAUAUAUAUGGAGUGUAUAUAAAUAAAUAUAUACUGUAUAUACAGGGCAAGUGGAAUAAAGCCACAUUCUAAAGCCUAAAGUAUACUUCAGUUGAACGCAUAGCCUUUUAAAGUAUCCACCUUUUUUUCUCAUAAGAGUGGACAUUUGUACAUUUUAUAGGUCAGGCUUCUGGUCUCAUCCGCGUCCAGCUACUUUUAGCUGUACAAAACAGCUUGUUUUGCUGCUUGAUAUUGCAAAUUGGUGUGUCUUACCAUGUUAUU